AUGGCUCGGGUGCUGGUGACCUCCGCUCUGGCGCUGCUGCUGCUGCUGCUGUCAGCCUGCUGCUGGGCUGCUGAGGAGCAGCAGGAGGUUGUUGAAGAAAACCUGGGGGAUCUCUCUGUGUCGGAGCUGCUGGAGAGAGCCAACACAAACCUGAUGCGAUCGGCUGAUGAGCCCACGGUCACUGAGGGUGACAUCGCCGUCGACGAGGCUGAGAGGAACGCUGACCCCUGCACCAGCCGCGGCUGCUUGUGGGGCAAGUGGACCGAUGGAAAGGUCUACAUCCCGUACUACAUCAGCAAACAGUUCUCCUCCCGCGAGAAGGCCAUCAUCACCCGCGGCUUGGAGUCCUUCUCCACCUUCUCCUGCAUCCGCUUCAGACCCAGCAGAAGCAGCGACCGCGACUGGCUGAGCAUCGAGUCCCAGAACGGCUGCUACUCCUACGUGGGGCGCCGCGGUGGCAAGCAGGUGGUCUCUCUGGCCCGUCGCGGCUGCCUCUACCACGGCACCGUCCAGCACGAGCUGCUCCACGCUCUGGGCUUCAACCAUGAGCAGACCCGCUCCGACAGAGACAACCACAUCAGAGUGGUCCUGGCCAACGUUGUGUCCGGAAAGGAGCACAACUUCCGGAAGAUUAACACUCUGAACCAGGGCACCCCCUACGACUACGGCUCAGUCAUGCAGUACAGCAAGUACGCCUUCUCCAAGAACAAUCGUGCGACCAUGGUUCCCAUCCCAGAUGCCAACGUGCCCAUCGGCCACGCCAAGGAGAUGAGCAAGAACGACAUCGCAAGGCUCAACACCUUGUACAAGUGCUAUGUGAUGCCCACUGAGGACCAGAACCUGUCCGUAAGUGAACUGUUGCUGCGAGCCAACAAGGACCGUCAGCCUGGGAAGGACGAGCCGACCCUCGUUGGAGGAGACAUUGCCAUCGGCCCAGACGCCGACAGGAACGCUGAUCCCUGCACUUCCUCUGGCUGCCUGUGGCAGAAGUACACCGACGGAAGAGUCUAUAUCCCGUAUUACAUCGCCAACCACUUCUCUUCCAGAGAGGUCCAGAUCAUCGUGAGAGGACUCGACUCUUUCGCCAGCGUCUCCUGCAUCCACUUCAGACCCUACCAGGCCGGAGACCACGAGUGGCUGAGCAUCGAGUCCAGAGACGGCUGCUGGUCCUAUGUGGGUCGCCAGGGUGGCGGUCAGGUGGUCUCUCUUUCCCGCCAGGGAUGCCUGUACCACGGCACCGUGCAGCACGAGCUGCUCCACGCUCUGGGCUUCAACCACGAGCAGACCCGCUCCGACAGGGACAGCUAUAUCCAAGUGAACUGGAACAACAUCAUCGAUGGAAUGGAGUACAACUUCUACAAGAUCAACACGCUGAACCAGGGAACGCCUUAUGACUACAACUCUGUCAUGCAGUAUGAGAGGUACGCCUUCUCCAAGAACAACCAGCCUACCAUGGUUCCCAUCCCGAACCCCAACGUGUCCUUCGGCCAGGCCACCCAGAUGAACAGCAACGACAUCAUCAGGCUCAACACGCUCUACAAGUGCUGUGAGAAGCCGCCUCUGAACGGCCACCGUCCGGGAUCUCCACCAGCUGACCAGCUGACCUGA